UCCUCUUCUUCCUCCUCCUCCUCCUCCUCCUCCUCACACCAUCACACCGGAGGUUACACGGCAGCUCGGCCCCACGCUCGCAAACAUGUGAUUUUUUUUCCUACAGAAGACAAGAAAAGAGCGAGCUCGGUGUGUUCGAGGCUCCGCCGCGGCGGUUUGACGACAUCUCACGGCAGCAGGUUUCUCCUCCCUCGUCCCGGAGAUGCUGCCCGGCCUGCGCGCAGUCCUGCGGCCCGCCCUCUCCCUGAGGGCCGGCGCCGGGUUGGCCCGACGCGGCCUCGGCGACCGCCUGGCCGCCGCGCUGCCCCCGCUGUCCUCCGCGCUGCAGCAGCAGCAGCAGCGGCGCCGCCUGGGCACUCACCCGCUGAAGGAGUCCGUGGAGCCGCUCGACUCGCCGCAGGGAGCCAAGGAGUUCAUCUACAGCCUGCACCCGUCCGAGCGCACCUGCCUGCUGCGGGAGCUGCACAGGUUCGAGUCCAUAGCCAUAGCCCAAGGGCAGCUGGUAAUCCCACCACCGACUUCAGCACAGCUGAGAUACGUUUUGCUGCACAACGCUCUCCCUUUCGUCGGAUUUGGAUUCCUGGACAACUGCAUCAUGAUUGUAGCUGGCACGCAGAUUGAGUUAUCCAUCGGUGUUGUCCUCGGCAUUUCCACUAUGGCAGCUGCUGCCCUCGGCAACCUGGUGUCAGAUCUGGCAGGACUAGGACUGGCAGGUUACGUGGAGGCCCUGGCGUCUCGACUCGGGAUGCAGAUUCCCGACCUGAGCCCCAAACAGGCUGACAUGUGGCAGACCAGAGUCAGCUCUCAUGCGGGCAAAGCCUUUGGCGUUGGCAUCGGCUGUAUCCUGGGCAUGUUUCCUCUUCUGUUCUUCAAGGACGAUGAUGAGAAGAAGAAGAAAGAAGGCCCGGAGGAGGCGACCGAGAAAACGCAGUCUGCUCCACCUGCUCCCACCGAGAGCAGCAAAAACUGAGCCUGGAGACGAAUAUUAUUUGGAAUCCGUUAGGAUACUUCAAACUGGGACUGAUUGGCCUUGCCUGGUGGACUGGAGUUUUGUGGGAAUCUCCCCAACCAGUCCCAUCGCUGGGUGUUUUACUUUGUGAGCAAGGCUGAAUCAACCAAUCACAGGUAUUCUGAGGAGGGUUUUAGAUUUGAUUUAACUUAAGCACAGGGACGUGACCGCCUCUCGAGGAGACAUGAGACUGUGGAUUCAGUGGACUGCUGCUACUUCAACUAUUGCACCGUAAGCUCACCUCCCUCUGACUAACACAGGCUGAAACUCAUGUAUCUGUCACACACUGUGCAGUGGCCCUUUUUCUCUCCUGUGUUCUGAGUCUGCUGGAGGGAGCGACCACCACCCUCCCCACUCGAGAUGGUUGGAUGGCAGGUCGGCUCAAUGAAGGUGAGGGCUCCGCGAAGUAAAACAGUGUCUCACGUGGCAUUUUGACGUUGGAGGCUUUGUGUAUAUUGUGAGAAAUUAAUCUCUGAUGAAGGAAGACUGAACAAAGAGCCACCAUACAGUAUAUUCCAGCUUGAUUCAGAAGUAUUAGAAACCAUGUCAGAGACCUCUCCUGUCACAUUUGCAGUACAAGUACUGUUCCUUUUCAGCUUUACAGGUAUGUCUGCAUUUUCAUGAUGUCUUUAAAUAAUCCUGCCAGCCUGCCUCAUCCGAGCUCCGUGACAGUCUGCUACCUUUCAUUUUGUUUGUUUUGGAAUUACUUCUUUAUUUUUGUUUCUUGUUGGUGAUGAACUUCAUAUUAAAUAUGGCCCACUGCAGAACCAUGCAGAAAAACACCUCUCGUGUGGAGCACAGUAUGCGAGCAGGUCAAUGCAGUCCCAGUAAAGAACAGUGUGUUUCUUUCUUCAGAAAGAGUUGAGCAGGAAGGGGAAAGACACAGAGAGGCAGAGGGAGCGAGAGGAGCUGUGGCAGGGAAGAUAACAAACCCCCGACCCUGAACCACCUGAGACCUUUGACCCUCUGGCUCCAAUAGCACAUGAUUUAUAUCGUCCCGCGCUGCACCGGCCGACGUGCAGCCGAGCCACACACACCUCUGAUACAGUAAAUUACACUAUAAGACAUGAUCAUUGCUCUGUGGAAAGGCUGUUGCUGCUUUUUAAUGCUCACACACAACAUUGACCUUGAUUUACAAAGUCUCUGCUCUGCUGCCCUCCACUGGCUGAGAUUUAAAGUCUUGUUGGACUCCUACCACCAUCGUACAUACAGGUAUAAUUCAUCACCCGUUUGCUUUCCCUGGUCAGUAGCCAGACCCUUCAACGUGUAUAAUCUAUCACUUUACCUCUCUGUAAUUAUUGCUCUCAAUCAUUGUGCUUAUUUCGAAAAAGCAGACUAUGUGAUCUGCAGCAGGAAGGCUGUAUUUGGGAUGGUAGGACACUCCCAUAUAUCCAAGUCUGAAUUAUUGAUUUCUUAAUUUAUCUUUUAUUUUAUUUAUUUUUGUCACUCAUCUCAGCCACAGAACUAAAAAUUGUGGUUUGUGUGUCAUUGGAUUUGUUUGGACGUUGAAAUUGAAGGAAGCAGCCGCAUGUCACUGAACUGUAUUUUCCUCACAGAAAACAUAUUUGUUUUUCUCCUAAUAAACUGGCUAUUAUUCUUCUAUGUUCUCACUGUAGGGACAAUGUUAAGAAAAUAUAUUUGUCAGCACAGAAACACAUUUGUCAUACUUACUUACUAAACGUGCUCUCAUAAUGAUGACACACUCGCAAAGGAGACUUUCCCUGAAUGAGAUUCUUUUAGUUCUUUGUUACUAUGGAUCCUAAACAGUGAUAAACAUGGAAAUGUACAAAUAAUUGAAUAUUUAAGUAGUUAGAAUAUGUUUUCUCUCAUUUGCUUGAUUUCCUUGCAUGCACUGCUAAUAAAAAAAUAUAUAUUACAUGUUUACUUUGUUAGAAUAAUUUAAAAGUACAACCUGUUCUAAAAUGUACUGCAGCAGAAGAAUCACUGGAGGUGUUAGAAUAUAAAAAAAACUCAGACUGGAUUAAAAUGUAAAUCUUUGAUUUAUUUAGUAUUUUAUGGCCAAUAAGGAAUAUAAGUUGUUUAAAAAUAUGAUCGCCUUUUUUAUGUUGCAUUGCAGAUUGCUAACAGCUCUGCUGGGAUGUGAACUGCCAAAGUACAAUUUGGAAAUUUUGGAUAAUAUUUGGUGUGAAUCAUACAAGAAGCAGAAGGUUAUGACAAGAUGGCUGCUCAAUGGGCAUAAUGUGACGAUAGCAAUGGUUUCCGACAAAAGCAGCAAUUCACCCCCUUGUGUUGCAUCAUUAAAUUAAAUUGCCUGCCUCAGUGCUUUGACACUGUCUUUAGUGCGUAGUCAGUCAUGGUGAGAAAAUAUAAUCUCUGUGUCAAAAUACUGUAAUUUUGGGGCUAUUACCCUUUUUCCCAGAUUCACUGUGCACUGCACCACUAAACGUAUGUGUUACUGGGAUGAAAUCAGAGGAGAUCUACAGUUGUUACGACUUUUACUUCCUCUAGAUAGUCAAGUUUGAUCGUCUUCUCGGUUGACAGGAGCUCAGAGUUGAUUUAUUAUCCUAAAAAACUGGAGCAAUGUUUAAUCACGACAGGUCACCUCUUUGGUGUGUUCAAAACUGUAGUGCAGGUGCAUGAAUGCAUAUUUUAGGAGCUUGCUUUCUUUUUAUACCUCCUGUUAUUUUUGUAUUUGAGGGUUGCAUGUGCCAGUGAUAGGGAGACUGGUUUUAAUGUUUUUGUCAUGAUGGAGCUCUGCUGCAUUUAUGAAGCAUCGAACGGCUGCUGUUGCACCAAACCCCCAGGACCUGAGAUAAAGGCUUCGGUUCUAACUCACAUCACUGGGGUUUGAACUGGUUUGGUCAUAUCGGACGUUAGCUAUCUCAGUAGCCUCAUCCUUCAAACACAAGUUAAAACAUAAAUGUCACAAAAAUCUUAUCAAUUAUCUCAAUUCAUCAGCAUAAAUUCUGAAUUUACAAGAAUUUCUUUCCAUCUUGCAAUGAGGAUAAAGUACAUUGUCUUUUUGGGUGGAUGACUUUGCUUUCUGUCAGUGCCCCGCUAAUAUACAGUAUUUUUUUUUGUAUGUAUGAAGUAUGUGCUCUGUAAAAAUGUAAAAAGAAAAGAAAAAUAUAAAUGAUUACUCAAAUAUACUAUGGAGAAAAAUCUGCGUUAGAGAAUAGAGUCUGUUUCUGUGUGAAGAUUUUAUCUGCUUUGAUUAAACACUUACCACCUGGCUGCAAACAUCUGGCCUGGUGUGGACUUUA